ACUUGUUUACAUUUUUGUCAAAAAUGACAAUUCCAUCCAUCUUUUAACCAAUUCUCUCAACAAAUUAAUUAAAGUUUAAUAAAUCUUCAAAAAUUCUGUGAUAGAGCCUACUUGCGUUUAAUCCGAUUAAAAUUAAUAAAUAUAUCCUCGAAAACCAAAUAUUAGCCAAUGAUCCUUAAUAGUACUAAAAUAAGGUAUAUUCAACCACCAACUGAGUAUGUUCAACAAGGCAGAAGACACAAAAUCGAGCUUUCUGGAGCAGACAAAAGCGGCACGAGAAGAACGCGCAUUAGAGAAGCGAAAGGAGGUCGCUGCGAUAAUAAUUCAAUCAAAUGUAAGAGGAUAUCUUACGCGUACAAGCUUUGUUCGUAACAUUUUAAAAAAUUUUGACGCAAUCGUACCUCAAGUCCCCGAAAAUGAUGCGAAAUCAGCGCUGAUAUCUGCCACUCAAAUUUUCACCCAGGUGAAACUGCUGCUUCUGGUUUUCAACAAGGAACGUGAUAGGGAUCGAUUCGACAAAUUGUGCAGUUACCUAAUCGCCUCUUUGGAAUCGGACUCGCCGAAAGUAAGUUACGUCGGCGUGGCUCUAAGUAAAGACCAUGUGAUGCAAUGGAUCUCCUAUACAAAUGACGUACUUUGGAAAUGCUGUGAUUAUUUAGAGGAAUUAAAGCCUGAGUACGCUAGUGAUAUGAAAACUGUAUUAUUAUAUUUACAUAUGUUAGUUUCGUUUACCAAUACAAACACGUGGGUUGUUUUAAAAGCGAAAAACGUCGAAGUUUUAAAGUUAGGUAUGAACCAAUUAUGUGCCAAUAUAAUGGGGAAGUUAUUCCAUAAAGGAUUCUAUUUGGUUCUUAAGAAUUUACUUGUAAGGGGUCUUGGGCGGCUUAAAGUCGCAUUUAAGCAUGCGUCUCUUUCAGCAAUUUUAACUUUGUCGCUGCGCCCUUUGGUUGCCGCCGAAUUCUCGGAUAAGUUCAUGAGUAUGUUUUUGAUUCACAUACUGUCAGUGCCUGCAUUGGUGCAACACCUUGAGACGAUUACACCCGAGUGCAUAACCGUUUUAGUUAAUUACAGUAUUUUUAAUAAGAGCUUAGAGCUGUUAGCUAGUCAACAAUCGAUGCGAAUCGUUUUUAAUACACUGGAGGGCAACUACGCUUUAUGUCUACUUGCCAACCUCAUUCACCUGGCAUAUAUUGAGCGAGAAACUGUUUUAAAAGAAGUGGCCUUUCCAUGUUUUACGGUCGUGAUCACAGGUCUACUGGAAAGCUGUCAACACUACGUCGUCACAAAGCAGUCCAAUUUAACACACUGGCAUCCAGUUUUAGGCUGGUUCGCUCAGUCGAUGGAUCCCGAAUUGCACGCCGCCAUGCCUCACGUCAAAACACAGCUGCAUCUCUUGUGGAAUACGCAGAUCGUUUCAAUUUUAAUCGGGAAGUCAUUGGCGGAAUUAGUAAAAGACGUCGAAUCGCCUCAAGCUGCUACAUCUUCACAGAAUCGUACGAAUCCGAAUUUUUUUAAGCGAGCCAUUGAGGCUCGUGUGAAUCGGGCGAAUGUACAGAAAUCAUAUAGGGCACUGGGUAGUCCAGAAGUGCAUAAGAUUGUUCUGUUGUGUUCGCUAUAUUACACUGCGCUAAAUACUUUGACUCAACUAAGGUUAGAUAUAUUAACAGGUAAGGGCAGUACUACUGGCUUGUGUGUUAGUCUUGGGGAUUUUAAUUUGUUUGUUAUACUUCGUAUAAAAUAUUAAAAAUUUACGUGUGAUUGAUAGUAUGCAGGAAUGCUGUCUAAAAAUAUAGCUCUAUUGAAAUGUGCCACUUGUACUUAGAAGAGAAGAUGUCCCUGAGUACUCAAUUCACGCCUACACACUUUGACCCUUGCAUCUAUUGCGCCUGCCCCAGUGUCUUACUCCAAGAGAGACAGUUUGUUUGAAAAUCUGACAAAUCUAACAAUACAGCAAGGAUUUUACUCAACAUCAAUCUUGUUCUUUAUUUUGGGGCCUGUAUUAUUUAUUUAUACACGGGUGGCCGUUUGAAAACGAAACAGAGCCUAUUUUGGGGACCUCAAAACAUCUACGAAA